AUGGCGAAGCUUUUGUAUGCAGCGGCGGUGUUGUUGCUCUUUGCAGCCUGCUAUGGGGCGAUGUUGGUCGGGGCUCCGAGGGAGCUGAGUGUUGAUGAUGAGAAUGUGAAGGACGCGCUGAAGUAUGCCAUGUACGAGUACAACAAGGCCAACAAUGAUAUGUUCCAGAGCCGCCCAGUGAAGGUGCACAACGCCACCGUGCAGCUGGUAAAUGGAUUGAAAUAUGACAUGAACGUGGAAAUUCGCCGAACAGUAUGCAAAAAAACAACCACUGCUAUUAACGAGUGUCCAUUCCAUGAAGAACCCUCUCUUGCUAAGGCUAAAACGUGCCACUUCAUAGUGGUGAAUUGUAAGUGGGCAUCAAAAAUUUACACGGAGAAAGUGGAAUGCCAAUAA